AUCGCGAGUUUGCUGAAUGUAUGGAGCAAAUUCAAAAAAUAAGAAACCCAAAUCAGGAUAAAAUAAAUAUACAUGAUGCAUAACCAUCCGUAACCACCCCUCAACUUGGUGCCGGAAUAAACCUUUGCCGGCUUGUUCUCAAACUGGUAUUUGAACACCACCAGAACGACCGUUGGGUGCGCUUCAUUUGCGGUCGUGCCGCGCCUGGUGUUGGAGGCACAUGUAGAGCAGCAUUGUUUAAACAUGAUAGUGAUCAAUCGUUGUGCCGGCUUAUCAGGCCGCUUGCGCCGCUAUGGAAACCGUCGAUUACUCACGACGGUGCCGAACACCCAGCCUCAGGAAACUCCGGCACUGCCGAAAAUACAACAGGAAGAGGUCCCGGUGUAUAAAGGCAAAAGCUAUGAGGAUAUUAGCGCCCUAAGGAAACAGUAUCUGACACCGAAUGUGACCUCUUACUACAAGAAGCCGCUACUGAUUCACAAGGGUAGCAUGCAAUGGCUGUACGAUCAUGAGGGAAAACGCUAUCUGGACAUGUUUGGUGGGAUCGUGACCGUUUCCGUGGGCCACUGCCAUCCAAAGGUGAAUGCAGCUUUGAAGGAACAGGUGGACACCCUUUGGCAUACGACCAACAUCUAUAUGCACCCGAAGGUGCACGAGUAUGCCGAAAAGUUGGUGGCCAAAAUGCCCGGCGAUCUCAAGAACGUGUACUUCGUCAACUCUGGCUCGGAAGCCAACGAUCUAGCGAUGAUGAUGGCCAGACUCUACACAGGUCAUAAUGACAUUAUCAGCUUCCGCAAUGCCUACCAUGGGGCAUCUCCUUACACGAUGGGACUAACGGCUCAUUCCACGUGGCGGUAUUCUUUGCCGGGUGUUGCGAAUGGAAUUCAUCACGUGAUGAACCCGGAUCCCUAUACCGGACUGUGGGGUGGUAAAAAUUGUCGCGAUUCGCCGGUUCAAACCACGCGCCAUUGUGAUUGUUCCGCAAAGUCCGGCCAGGAUUGCUGCGCUUCCACAAUGUACUACGAACAAUUGGAGCAAACGUUCAAAUACUCGUUACCACGUGGCAAGGUGGCGGCAAUGUUUGCGGAGUCGAUCCAAGGUGUCGGUGGUACCGUGCAGUACCCGAAGGGCUAUCUGAAACGGGCCGCCGAUCUGGUGCGCGCCAAUGGUGGACUGUUCGUUUCGGAUGAGGUACAAUCUGGAUUCGGUAGAACAGGGGACCACUAUUGGGGAUUUGAGGGGCAUGGCGUUAUGCCCGACAUUGUCACGAUGGCGAAAGGCAUCGGCAAUGGUUUCCCCAUCGGAGCCGUCAUAACGUCUCGCAAAGUGUCCGAAGUGCUUUCGCAAGCGCUCCACUUUAACACCUUCGGUGGCAAUCCUCUGGCAAGUGCUGUUGGAAUGGCAGUGCUCGAUGUUAUUGACGAAGAAGAGCUUCAGAAGAACUCGCUCGAAGUUGGAACGUACAUGCUGCAGGGACUGGAGCGUCUGCGGGACAAGCAUGACGUUAUAGGCGACGUUCGCGGAAAGGGUCUCAUGAUCGGCGUUGAGCUGGUGGCUGAUAAGGAUACACGGCAACACUUGAGCGCUCCGCACUUUGUCGAUAUCUGGGAAAUGUGCAAAGACAUGGGUGUACUGUUCGGUCGCGGCGGUUUGAAUGCCAACGUCCUGCGUAUCAAACCGCCAAUGUGCAUCAAUCGAACGGAUGCUGAUUAUGCUUUAGCAGUGAUUGACUACUGCUGCGACCAACAUCUCAAGAAACGCAAACGUGGGUCUACGUGGAGAAGACAUACUACCCUGCCACUGUGAUCUUCGUCUGUGUUUCGCAUGACUUCGACUGUGAUCCCCCGAUGACAUUCUUUCGUUUUUUUAUAGAAUUAAGAAGCGUUUUUUAAAGUAUUCCCUCCAAAUAAAACAUAUCUUUAAUGUUUUUCUAGGACUCCGAAUAGAACGUUUUGGUAAAUUGAUUUGACAUGAUUUAUUAAUAGAAAACGUCUGUCCACAUCCGAUAAGCUCACGGAGACACACUCACACACAGGGUUGGGAACCAAGAGCAACCGGAUGUGAGAAUAGUAAUAGCGGCUUAUAAUACUUGUUUGAGACUCAUCGAGCAUAGGAGUCAGGAGAGUACAGUACAGUUGUUUGGUAUUAUGCCACAAAAUAGC